AUGGUUCGCACCAGGUCUGCUUGCAUUCUCUCUUUCAUCUUGUUUUUUGCUCACAUAGCAGCUGUAUCGAUUAAGCAUCGUCCUAAAGGAGAUGUGCAUGAUGCAGAUUUUCAUGAACAGAAGGAUAUCUCAGAAAUCAAUUUAGCUGCUGGGUUGGACCUCUUUCAAGGGGACAUCCUCCUGCGGAACUCCAGGAAUGGCCUGAGAGACCCUGGUGCCAGGUGGAAGUUCCCCAUUCCUUAUAUUCUGGCGGACAAUCUGGAACUGAAUGCCAAAGGAGCCAUUCUCUAUGCCUUUGAAAUGUUUCGCCUCAAGUCCUGUGUGGAUUUCAAACCCUAUGAAGGAGAGAGCUCAUACAUCAUCUUUCAGCAGUUUAAUGGGUGCUGGUCUGAGGUCGGUGACCAACACGUGGGACAGAACCUUUCCAUUGGCCAGAGGUGUGACUACAAGGCCAUCAUUGAACAUGAGAUCCUUCAUGCUUUGGGAUUCUACCAUGAGCAGUCCAGGUCUGACCGGGAUGAUUAUGUGAAAAUCUGGUGGGAUGAAAUUCUUCCAGGUUACAAGCACAACUUUAACACUUAUGAUGACAACCUAAUCACAGACCUCAACACACCCUAUGAUUAUGAGUCUCUGAUGCACUAUGAGCCUUUCUCAUUUAACAAGAAUGCAAGUUUCCCAACCAUCACAGCCAAGAUCCCCGAGUUUAACUCCAUCAUUGGGCAGCGCCUGGAUUUCAGUGCCAUCGAUUUGGAGAGGCUGAACCGAAUGUACAAUUGCACCACAACUCACACCCUUUUGGACCACUGUGCUUUUGAAAAGGCAAACAUCUGUGGGAUGAUUCAGGGUACCAGAGACGAUGCUGACUGGGUCCGUGAGGACAGCACUCAGCCUGGACAAGCGGAUCAUACCUUGGUGGGACAAUGCACAGGUGCCGGCUACUUCAUGUUCUUCAACACCAGCUCGGGGCUGGCAGAAGAGGCAGCCUUGCUGGAGUCUCGGAUUCUUUACCCAAAGAGGAAGCAGCAGUGUCUGCAGUUUUUCUACAAGAUGACAGGAAGCCCUUCAGACAGACUUGUCAUCUGGGUCCGGAGGGAUGAUGGCACGGGCAACGUUCGCAAGCUGGUCAAGGUGGAGACCUUCCAAGGAGAUAUUGACCAAAAUUGGAAAAUUGCGCAUGUGAUACUCAGAGAGGAGAAGAAAUUUCGCUACCUUUUCCAGGGCACAAAAGGUGACCCCCAGAACUCGAAUGGGGGAAUUUACCUGGAUGACAUCACCCUGACAGAAACACCAUGCCCCACAGGGGUUUGGACCGUACGGAAUUUCUCCCAGGUCCUUCAGAACACGGUUAAAGGGGACACGAUCCUGAGCCCUCGAUUCUACAAUUCAGAGGGAUAUGGUUUUGGGUUGACCUUAUACCCUCAUGGUAGAAUAAACUCCAACAGCUUAGACUACUUAGGACUCACUUUUCACCUGUGCAGUGGGGAGAAUGAUGCCAUCCUGGAAUGGCCAGUGGAAAACAGACAGGCGAUAAUGACAAUACUCGACCAGCAACCUGAUGUCAGGAAAAGAAUGUCCUCGAGCAUGGUGUUCACUACCUCUAAGUCCCAGACAUCUUCAGCAAUGAAUAACUCUGUCAUCUGGGACAAGCCAUCCAUCGUGGGGUCUUAUGACCAGAACUGUCAAUGUUACAGAACCAUUGACUGGGGCUGGAGUUCUGUCAUCUCCCACCAAAUGCUGAGAAGGAGGAGUUUCCUGAAAAAUGAUGACCUGAUCAUUUUUGUGGACUUUGAAGAUAUCACCCACCUUAACCAGACUGAAGUCCCCAUUAAAGACACAAGGCUGUCCCCACAAGGCCUCAUUCUCCAAGGCCAGGAGCAGCAGGCCACAGAAGAAGGUUCUGCACAGGCUUUGUUAGAGAAAGCCCUCCCUAGCAGCCAGGGUCAAGGGCAGCCCAGCCGACGGAAGCGGUCAGCAGAGGGCACGGGCCCCAUGGAAGACCACAACUGGCCACCAUAUUUCAGAGAUCCGUGUGACCCGAAUCCUUGUCAAAACGAAGGCAUCUGUGUGAAUGUGAAGGGGAUGGCGAGCUGCAGGUGUGUCUCCGAUCACACCUUCUUCUACACGGGAGAGCGCUGUCAGGCCAUGCAGGUGCAUGGCAGCAUCCUGGGUCUGAUCAUCGGAGGCACAGCUGGUGUGAUUUUCUUGACCUUCACCAUCGUCUCCACCCUUUCCAAAAAGCUGAGGCAGUGA